CAUACAUCGGGACGAAGAAGAGUGGAGAACUACGUAGAAAGAACGAAACGAAUAUCAGAAGUUUAGUUGCUUACGUUUUCUUGGCUUUGGCGGACGUGUUUUCUCUUCUCUGGACAUUCGGAUUCGAAUUAAAAAAGAAAAAACAAGAGAAAAUACAAAUCGGCUGUAAAAAAAUACUUAAGUUAAAUUAAAAAGUCAUAAUAAAAGUGUUUUUGUGCCCAUUAAUACAAAUAUAAUGUCAGCCCAUAUCUUGAGAAAUCGCAAUGCCGUAGCUCUACUAAAGAAAUAUCUGCCACAUCAAGUGAACAACAGCAGUGUGAUCAAAGCUAACAUUCUGCAGGAGCAAUUCCGUUGUUUGCAUUUAACGCCAUGUCUGGAUAAAAUUGUCUCAUUCAAUCUCAGUGAUAUCGGAGAAGGAAUUCGUGAAGUUACUGUUAAGGAAUGGUUCGUCAAAGUCGGAGAUACCGUAGAGCAAUUCGAUAACCUCUGUGAAGUACAAUCGGACAAAGCAUCUGUCACAAUUACCAGUCGUUACGAUGGUAAAAUUACCAAACUCCAUUACAACGUGGAUGAUGUUGCCUUGGUGGGUAAAGCUUUGUUAGAUUUUGAAGUUGAUGAUGAGGAUGGUGAUGAUUCGGAUAGUUCAGACUCAGAUGAUGAGGCCAGCAAGGGUAAAGCUGCCUCGGAUGACAAAAAAUCUGGUGAUAACAAACCUGUGGCUGCCACUGAUGAAGAAGUCAAUCGUCACAUUACCUUGGCCACUCCUGCUGUCAGACGUAUUGCCAAAGAAAAUAAAGUUGAUUUGUCCAAAGUCAAGCCAACCGGUAAAAAUGGUCGUGUCUUGAAGGGUGAUGUUUUGGAAUAUUUAGGCAUGGUACCGGCUGGUACAAAUGUACCACAUCCCACCAUUGCUGCCAAGAAUCUGCAAACAACACCAGAAUGUGCUGGCAAAGCAGCAGCGCCUGUGCCAGCCGAUCGUGUGGAGCCAUUGAAGGGUGUGCGCAAGGCCAUGCUUAAGUCUAUGACGGAGUCAUUGAAAAUCCCCCACUUCGCCUAUAGUGACGAGAUCGAUAUGACCCGCCUCAUGGAGUUCCGUAAUCAAUUGAAGGAAGUUGCCAAGGAAAAUGGAGUUGAUAAACUAACAUUCAUGCCCUUCUGCAUUAAGGCUGCCUCCAUAGCUUUGAGCAAAUACCCCAUUGUUAACAGUUCGUUGGAUGAACCAAAUGAAUCCAUUAUUUACAAGGGUGCUCAUAACAUUAGUGUGGCCAUUGAUACACCUCAAGGAUUGGUGGUGCCCAAUGUCAAGAAUGUCCAAAUUAAGAACAUCAUUGAAAUUGCCAAGGAAUUGAAUGAUCUGGUGGAGAGAGGACGCAAGGGCUCUCUGACACCUGCAGAUUUUGCCGAUGGUACAUUCUCUUUGUCGAAUAUUGGUGUGGUGGGUGGCACCUAUACUCAUCCCUGUAUAAUGGCGCCCCAGGUUGCCAUUGGUGCCAUGGGUCGUACUAAGGCCGUCCCUCGUUUCAACGAAAAGGAUGAAGUUGUCAAGGCCUACAUUAUGAGCGUCAGUUGGUCGGCCGAUCAUCGUGUCAUCGAUGGCGUGACCAUGGCCAGUUUCUCCAAUGUUUGGAAGAAAUACUUGGAAAAUCCUGCCUUAUUUUUGCUAAACUAAUUUGUUGAGACGAACAAAAUUCAACCUAAAUAUCUUCCAGAAAAGGCUGUUGUUUUGCAUUUAUUUGGUUUUUGAGAACUAAGUAACAAAUUCUCAAAACUAGAAACAUAAAAUUUUUAGUUUUAUGUGUAUCCUGUUGUAGUAGAACCGGUUUUCUGUAACUGUUUAAAGUGCAUUUAUAGUGAAAAUAUUUCGUUUAAUUUUAAGAUUGGUUACAGACAACCAAAUGGUUUUAAUUAUUAUUGAUCCCGCCUCUUCCUUUUCCAGUUGUUUUCAAAUCUCUAUAUUGGUUUAAGUGAUAACAAAAAGAAACAUAAGAAAGUAACAAUAUUAAUAUAGAAAUAAAAUUGCAUUUAUUUUACAGAACGAA